GUGCUUCUCGUGCCAUCAACGGAGCUGUUGCAUCCGUAUCCUUUCCGAUCAACACAUAUUUCCAGAACACAUGGCUUCCAUUUUUCAUUCUUGUCGUUCGGUGCAUACGGCCCUUGAUCCGUGACCCUUGUGAAGGCGUAGUGCAUGGUCGAGUGAAUAUCAUCGUUAUAUUGCAUCGAUACCCGUCAUCUUUCACUUCAAAGCUCAAGAUUAUCUAGCAGCUUGACUGACCUCGAGAUUUACUUUCUGCUAAGUGUCUGCCUUUGCGUAGAAGUCUGAUAUUAUCCAGAAAGUCGUACUUUGGAUCUGGAAACGCACCGACAAAGCAUGGUUGAAGCCAAGGAAACCGCCACCGAAGUUCGAGCUGUGUCCGACACUGGCUCCCUCCAUAAGAAUGCCGUAGAGAUCAAGGUCAUCACCGGAACAGAGGCCUUGGCCGAGGCAAGAAUCAAAGAACCUCCUCAGCUACUCGGUUUUCAUGCCUUUGUCCUAUAUCUCUGUGCCUUCGUCGGUUUCUUCUGUUCCACCUGCAACGGCUUCGAUGGUUCCAUGUUCAAUUCUCUCCUCACUAACAAGCAGUUCAAAGAGUACUAUGGUGUCGAAAACACAGGAGCAUGGACUGGCAUUGUGACUUCAAUGUAUCAGAUUGGCGGCGUUGUGGCCUUGCCUUUUAUUGGACCUGCCUGCGAUAGGUUUGGACGACGAUAUGGGAUGAUGAUUGGAGGCCUCAUUGCCUCUCUUGGAGUGAUCAUCCAAUCAACAACCAAGCCUAACCACAACCCUGUAGGACAGUUCAUGGGAGGACGUUUUCUGCUUGGGUUUGCCGUCCCCAUCAUCACCACUGCUGGCCCUCUCCAUGUUGUCGAAACAGCCCAUCCGUCCCAUCGCGGGGUUGUGACUGGUUUGUAUAACACUUUCUGGUUCGUCGGGUCGAUCCUUGCUGCUGGGUCUACCCGCGGGUCGUCGAAUCUGAGCGGCAACAAAACCUGGAUGGUUCCCGUAUGGCUCCAAAUCCUGUUCCCAGGCCUCAUCCUUGCACUCGCGUGGUUCCUACCCGAAUCUCCCAGAUGGCUGUAUACUCGUGGGCGAAAAGAAGACGCUAAGAAGAUGCUAACAUACUAUCACGGAAAUAAGAACCCUGACUCAAUCUGGGUUAGUCUUCAACUUCGCGAGUACGACCAAUAUCUCGAAAUGGACGGCGCUGAUAAGCGAUGGUGGGACUACCGGAUCCUGUUCAAAACUCGUGCUUCUCGCUACCGCAUGCUAAGUAACAUCUGCAUUGCUGUAUUUGGUCAAUGGGCCGGCAAUGGCGCAAUUUCAUAUUUCAUAAGCGGCGUUCUGGACACAGCAGGGAUUACGGGCGAAAUUCAGCAGAUGAACAUCAACCUAGGUCUUGCAUGCAUGCAAUUCGCAUUCGCUGUCUUUGGCGCCACAAUGGUCGACAAACUAGGCCGGCGCCCCAUGCUCCUGAUUGCAAACAUCGGGGCCUCCUUUAUCUGGAUCGCCGCUAUCGUGUCCGUGUCCAUCAACGACAGGACCGGCACGGCCUCCUCAAGCAAAGCCUUUCUGGCCUUCAUAUUCAUGUUCAACGCUAUCUUCGCAUUUGGCAUGACGCCGCUACAGGCCCUAUACCCCGUUGAGGUGCUCUCGUUCGAAAUGCGUGCUAAGGGCAUGGCGUUCAGUAAUAUGUCGCUGACAGUCGCGAUGCUAAUCAACCAGUUUGCGUACCCGAUCGCGCUGGAGCAGGUCAAGUGGAAGCUGUACAUCCUGUUUGCGGUGUGGUGUCCCGUGCAGGCGCUUGUGAUAUGGCUGUUCAUCCCAGAGACCAAGAACCGCACACUAGAAGAGCUAGACGAUAUCUUCAACUCGCCGAAUCCGCGCAAUGCCAGUCUUGUCAAGACGAAGGUUGCGCUGGAUGAGCGCAAGAACGUGGUCGAGGUCGAGAAGAUGUAGGUACUGGGCAUGGACGGAGGAGCUUCAGUCAUUAGGGUACAUAGAAAUGAAUUUGGAUAUGGA